AUGAAUGGUGAUAGUUUGAAUAUAUUGAGUUACACGAAUGAAGAUUCUGGCGAUUCAAGUGACGAAUUCAUUGGCUCUUCGACAGAAGUUUCAAGGGAACCUAUAGAUUUUAUAAAUGAAGCGAAUGAUAGUGAUAAAGAAGAAUAUGAAGCACACGAUAAUACUUACACAUCAAAGGACCAAAAUAUAACUAAGCCUUUAUCAAAAAAUAAAUUUCAAUUUUUUGAUCCUAAACUGAACAAUAAUAUAUUUAAAUUACGUGACCAAAAUGAUAGCAUGAUAAUUGGCUUAGCUAAAAAACAAAUGCUAUAUAUAUCUGGUAUUUUUCGAUUGCAAAUAAUUAAAGGUGGUAUAGUUUAUAAUAAUAAUCACUAUGAUUCAUCAACAUCUGGAUUUACCGUAUGGCAUCCUCUAGUGUCCUCUAUUGCUGCCAUUCAGAGUUCAUAUUUUUCAGGAUGGAAUGAAUAUAUACACAUAGAGGAAGAGUAUAGAGAUAUUGUUGAACUUUAUUUAAAAGAAUUCACCUGUAUUGUUAAGAUAUCCAAUAGUAAUAAAGAACUAGCGUUAGAAAGCUCUAGAUUAUAUCCUGAAUUUGCAGGUUUUUGGAAUGAUAAGAAGUUAUGUCACAAUGGUAGCUCUAAAAAAUACACAUUUACAAUUCUGAAUGAAUUUAGUGACCAUUUUAAUAAAUUAUCAAUAAAUCAGGAAUGGAAUUCAGUCAUGGAGAUGAUAACUAGAGAUUUCAAGGAGUAUAAAACUGAAUUGAGAAUAUUAGUUUUAGGAGGGAAAAAUACUGGUAAAUCAAGUUUUCUAAGAAUAUUAUUGGAAAAUUUCAAAGCUGAAUCUCUGAAAAAGAAAAAAACUGAAGACAUCUAUUACUUUGAUACAGAUCCUGGCCAACCUGAAGUUUCAGAUCCCGAAUGCAUUUCAUUAAGCAAGAUGUCAGUCCGGAAUCGCAUGCUUGGCCAUGCUUUCAUCAGGAAUGACAUUGAAAUGAUAAAACAAAUAUAUCUUGGAUCAUCCUCACCCCAAGAUUUUCCUAAUGAAUAUUUAGCUUCAAUAAGGAAAUUGCUUGAAUCUUUUGAAAAUAACAUUAAGAAUGCUACAUCAGUUAUAAACAUGCCAGGUUGGAUUAAGGGAUUUGGUACGGUUGUUGUAAACUAUAUUAUAAACAAUUAUAAACCUACUCAUAUUGUUAUUUUAGAAACAAAUAGUUCGAAGAACAAUACUGAAGAAAUUAAAAUACCUGCAGAGUAUGAAGUUGAUAGUUAUGGAGAAACUACUCGACCUUUUGUUUUUAAGAUUAAUGCUCACUCUCAGAACCCUUCUGAAAAGGUCCAUAGUAGUUUAGCCGCAUCUCAUAUAAGGACAUAUAAAUUACUUACUCAUUUGCAUGCAAUUUCUUGUUCCAAUUAUGAAACUGAUUUCGAUUUUGAACCUUUGGUUCAUAAAGCACCUUUACAAAUUUCAUAUGGUCAUUCUGGCAUUACAGGAAUUCAAUUUUUGGAAGAAUUCUCAAACUUAAAUAAAGAAGAUAUUGAAAAUUCAUUAGUAGGAACUAUAGUUGCAAUAAACACAUGUGAAACGUUUAACGGCAAUGCGGUAGAAUUUGAAGGCUCCUUUCCAAUUAUUAAAAAGAGAUUGCACAAUAUGAAAUUUUUGACAUUAGCUUUAAUCCAUUCUAUUGAUAUUAAAAAAAGUAUAUUGAACAUAUAUAUACCAGGAACUAAAAGGAAGCUAUUAUCUGACAACAUUAAUAAAACUUUAAUAAUCGAAAGGAAAAAGACUGAAACGCCUAUUCAAGAGUUGAAUGUCAAUAUCAAAAAUUAUGAAAAUGUAAAUAAACCUUUUCUUUCAGCUGCUACUAGAAAAAAACAUGAACAUGUUUGGAAAGUACGUAAAAAUAUAAAAAGGCGUGGUCAUCGCAUGAAAUGA